GGAAGUAGGUACUGAUCUAAAUUCUAAAAUGGCUGGUAGAGAUAAUAGGGAUGGUCGAGACGGUAGGGAAAGUCGUGGUCUCGACGACCCACCAAAUAGUAGAUUGUUCAUAUUGUGCCAGAAAGGAACAACAGAACAAGAGUUUCGUGAUGCAUUUGAAAAAUUUGGAGUUAUUGAGGAUAUUUGGAUCAUCAAAGACAAAAGAACAAAUGAAGAUAGAGGUUAGCGUCCGUUCUUAACAUAAAUUCCCUUCCCAGCAGCCUCCAUUCAAUUUUUAAUAUAUAAAAUUGCACCAGUGACAAUCACAAUAAACUAAUAUAAUCAGCUUAAAAAUGCCUAGUAUUAUUAACUUUUUUUGCUUGUGGAAUUAAUCAAUUUUUUUUUUUAAACAUUUAAAGUAGAAAAUUAUUUCUGAAGUGAAUGCAAGCCAUGGCCACAUGUUAUUAUACAAUCAACAAACAAUUACAGUAGGAGUAAUUUAUUUAUGAAAGUAUUUUAUGAGUCUAUCAAUUAAGUGACAAACUGACUGACUCUGGACCUGGGGAGGAAAAAGUGGGAGGGGGUGGGGGUGAAGUUUGACAAAUCAUGAGGAGGGAAGGGGGCUGUCAAAAUGCUGUUUUUGCUAGGGCAUCCGCAUAGUCAUACGAGUAUGAUCAUGGUAUAGGCAUUUUUCCUCAUACUCAUUCACAUUCAUUUAGCCUUUAGAGUUGGGGUCGGAAAACUUUUUAGGCUAAGAAAUUUGCAGACCCUGCCCUAGGCUAGCAUAAAAUGCCUUCAUUAUAUUUUUUAUUAUAUUAAUAAUUUUAUAUAUCAGCCAUCACCCCAAUGUACUUUACGUCUCCAUUACCCUUGAUCUGAAAGGAAGAAAAUCAUAGUCAUAGGCUUAUUAAUUUUCAAAUAGUGUUAUUUAAGUGUAAUCAAUUUAUCAUUUUUAUGAAGAAUACAAUUAUAAAUAAAAUGUGCAAAAGAAAUGAUAAAAAUCCUCUUUAUUAAAUCAAAAAGAUUUUUAAAAAAAAAAUAUUUACUGCAAAUUAUGCAGAAAUGUUGUUUCUAUUUUUAUACAAUGAACAAUGACAUGAAAAUUGGGCCUUCUUAAAUUCAGAGGAACUUUGUAUACUUUUUUGAGGUUUAAUAAUUGAUUUCUAUUCUGUUUUUAUGUUCAGUUCAGUGAACAAUUUGCAAAUCUAGGUUGCUGCAAAAGGCAACAUUUUUACUGCCUCUUCAUCAGAAAUUUUGCAUACCUUUACACUAGUUACACUAGUACCCUUUACACAAGUGCAACACCCUCACAGGGGGAUGACACCAAAUGAAAAUUAGGAAAUUUGACAGCUUUUGAAAACAUGUUUUGACACAACUAAGUUUAAUAAAGAGCAGGGUGUCACCAAAGUAGGGUACCACAAGAGCAGAGUCACCAGAACUGGCUGACAUAGAGAAGUCUUGAUGGGGUGACACAAUGCGAUAAAGGAGCUGGGUGGCACCAAGCCUAGUGACAUCACUGAGCAUAAGAUAAAAUAGGCGACUAGUCAAGAUGAGAAAUGAGCACCAGCUGCCAGCCACUAGUAACCACAAAUUAUUAGGUGUGUUUGGCUCUUAUACAGACCAGAUGCAGUAUUUCCAGAAAUAUAUUUUGUAAAAUAAAACAUGGAAAUAUAAUUUUAUUUAUGUCUAUUGAGCCCUCAUUACCCUAAGAUUUCCAUUUUUAUCCCUUUGGGGUAAUUUACCCCAUUUCACCAACCACUAGCCUAUGGCUAGGCCUUGGAUUGAGUGUGAAAUAAUUAUUAAAAUUCAAUGAACAGUCUAAAUGUAUAUAAAAAGUAAAAUAGCUCCAUAUUGCUGAGUGCCAUACCUAAAUGACAUGCCUCUUCAAUGGGGGUGAGGGGAUCUCAUAUUGGUGACAAUGAAUGUAUUGUUGAUGGGCAUCUAAAUUUAUGUGAUGAGGAGUUGGUAAGAUUGGGGUAAAAAUAAAAUCUGAAAAUAUUAUGAAAUUUAUGGAUGGACCCUACAAAUAGUUGUAACAGUAGCAGCACUGACAAUGCAUUUUUUUGCCAUAGUCUUAGGCUUAAGAAUUUUAAAAAAGCAUUAUGAAGUAAUGCUAAUUUAAACUAUCAAAAUUUACACCAAACUUUUAGAGUACUUUUUUUUUUUGGACAUAUGUCAAAAAGAGCAGUUACAGAAAAAUUGUUAAAAUUGCAGAUUUUUUACUAUCACUGUCUGUUGAUUUAUCCAUUCAACCCUAGCUGUAACUCCUCUUUACUAUGUUAUGUAUAGGCAUAUGCUUAGAUUUCUUUAUUUGAGAGUUGGCUUUAACUUACAAUAAAAUGAGACUACUCUUAUUUUAUCCUUAUUUUUUUCUUUAAAAUUUAUUUAUCCACAGAAUAUAUAAUUUUCUUUUGAAAACUUUUUUCCAGGAACUAAGUAAGAAAUAUUAUUCAUGUCACUCUUUUGUUAGUUUUAAAUUGCUUUUCUUUUGUGAAGGAAUUGUGUACAUCAAGUUUUCAAAGACUUCAGAAGCAAUGCAGGCAAUGGAAGAGAUGAAUGGUAGAGCUUUGCCCGGCACUAAUAAAGGACUAAAGGUGCUUUAAUGGAAUUUGUAAAACAUUAAACAUAAUAAGGAUCAAAUUUUGUUAUUUUAUUCAACUUUCUGCUUUUCUAUUUAAACAAAACUUUGACACUAAGUUCACAAUUUGAUUGAUAUUAAUGGAAUAACUUUAAUAAAAAGUUACUGAGCAUGAUUUGCAAAUUUAAUAUUAGCUAAUUGUGUCUACAUUUUUUUUAACAGGUUGUUGUAGCAAACAGCAAACGUGAUGGUUCAACGCGUGAUCCAAGAGAAGAUGAAAGGCUUGUUCGUCUUUUUGUAAUCAUUCCCAAACAUUUCACUGAACAAAACUUAAGGGACGAGUUUGCUGUAAGCGUUAAUAUUUUCUAAAUCUAAUGCUUAGUAUUAAGCUUAUUUUUACAUUUUUAAAUGCCUUUUAAACUGUCUAAUGGGGAAAGUUACAUUUUUUAGGACUGGGAAUUUUUGAACAAAUAGAGAAUAAAUGAUAAGAAAUAAUACCUAUACAUCCAUAUGUGUAAUAAAAGAAUUAAAUGUGUGGUUGAUGUACAACAUAAAAUUUCCCUGCAUUCAUCACACAAACAGAUCUUAUUUGUGUACUAACAUACUCCUUGACUGAGUUUUUAUAUAUUAAUAAUCAAAAUAAAACAAGUUGAAAAAUUAUAUUUGUAAAACUAUGAUUUUCAUGCUUUUUUUACACAAUCAGUUUUGUGACACUUUAAUCCUCUUGUGAAAUUUAUAGUGUCAGAUCUAAAUACUGAUAUCAAUUUGCUGGAAAUUUUAAAAUUCUUUUCAAGCUGAUUGGGCUGAUUAUUUUAUGUUGAAUUUAAGUUUACCAAGGAAAUUCUGCUAGUCUUGUUUGGAGGGGUUUAAAAUGAUAAAUUGCAUUUUAAUUUUUUCUUUCUAUUGCAGAAAUAUGGAGAUGUUGAAAAUGUUACAGUGUUAAAGGAUCGUAAUUCUGGUGAAAGUAAAGGAUUUGGUUACGUUCGCUACUUCAAGCCACUUCAUGCUGCUAUGGCAUAUGAGAAUUGUGAAGGCUGUGAGUAUUAUAGGUUAAUUGAUGAAAUAAAGAAAGGAAAUUAAAAAAACCUCUCUGUUUUUGUAUUUUAAAAAAAUGAAUAGUUGUGCUCUAAUCUUAGUUUAAUAAAGAAAUUUUACUAUUUCAGCUUAUAAACCAAAAUUUGCAGAGCCUCAACGUUCAAGAGAUGAAAGGGAUGAAAUAGAAAUUCAUGGAUUUUCAUCUCAUCAUUCUGGAGCAGGUAGAUACAUUUUCUAGAAAUUAUAAUCAGAUCUUACAUGCUGCUGAUAGUGGGAACACAUAAAUAUUAGUUCAGAGUUGUAUCAAUCAUAAACUUAAUGGGAUAAUAAGCCAUAUCUUUAGCUCAUGAAGAGUUAUGCAUUUUUCUUUUGGAUCAAUACUCUAAUAUGCAUAACUGAAAUACCAAUGAACAAAUAGAACAAGAAUCCAGAGGCUCAUUUAAGAAUAAAUAUUCUAAAAGUUAUUGGGCAAGAAAUGAUACUGAAAUGAAUUUGGGAAUUCUGUGAAUUAUUUAAGAUGAUCAUGACCUUAAAAUCAGUACAAUGGUUCAACUGUUUUCUGCCUUAAACUCACACCCACAAUGACUAAUGGGUCCUAUUUAUCAUUCAAAUGUGUUUUCAGAUAAAGACAACUAUAUUUUCAGAAUUUUCCUCAUUACCACAAGUAAUGCCAACAUCAUCAUCUUCAAAAUCUAUUUCAUUUGGAAAUAAUUCAAAUAAAUUAAGAUAAUUAGGCUUUUCUUUUAAAGAGACAACAUCUGAGUCCAACAUUAUUGUGAUAUUUCCACAAAUUUCAGCUCGUUUCAAAUUAUGUGCUUUAUAAUAAAAGUUUUUAUUUGAUUACAUUAAGUAUAUUGCAGUCUCAAAUUUAAACUGAGUCAUAUUGUAUAUCUUCCAUAGGUCAAAAAAGAAUGUAUGAAGAUGAGAUUCACCCACCUGGUUACUUAUAUCCAGAUAUUGGAUUUCCAGGUCCUGGUAUGUAUUAAUUUUGUAUUAUUUUGUGUGCAAAACUAGGGCAUAAGCUCUUAAUCUUUUUUAUGAAGAUUGAAUUGUUUAAAAGUUGUGUUUACAUUUUUUUCUAAAUAAAAUUGCUAUAUAUUUGGUAUAUUUAAUGUUUAUCAUUUAUUAAAUGAUUUGUUUUUCUUUAAUUUAUCAUUUAUUAAAUGAUUUGUUUUUCUUUAAUUUAUCAUUUUACAGGCUAUCACCACAUUGGUACAGGACCCAUGGACAUUCUUGCAGAUUACCCAACAACAAGCUCUGGAUCACGCUUAAUUAUACAGGCUCCCAUUGGAUUGACUCAAGGUUACCUUUCAAAACUUUUCAACCUUAUUCCAGGAAUGGAGUACUGUGACCUCAAUGAGACAACAGGUAUGUAAUUAUUUUCUCCAAUAAAUAAAACAUCUUUUAUUAUAUUUUAUAUUGUCUGUUUUUAUACUUACUAAACAGAUAUUUUAAUUGAUGCCUGUCAUAUUGUAUUAAAUUGUCUAACAUCUAACACUUCAUUCUUACUUCUUUUUUUUUUACCUAUACAAUAUUACUUAGCUUUUAAAAACGCUCCUGACUUCUGUGGAGCUGUCUGACUUCUGUGGAGCUGUUUUUUUUUAUAAUCUGCCUUCAAUUAUUUAAAAUUUUAUCUAUCAUCCAGGUCUAGCCUAUGCUCGCUAUAGCAGCCCUCAGUGUGCAGCUUACGCCAGAGAUAAACUCAAUGGUUUUGAAUACCCACUCGGCAGUCCAUUGCAUGUUCAAAUGGCUGAUGAGUCAAUGAGGCAAGAAUUUCCCAUGAAUGUGGAUAAAGGCUUUUCCCAAUUUGCCAAGUAUGUCGUUAAGACAGUUAAUCUAUUUAUCCUUCAGAUUGUUAGCCAGCUCUUAACUUUCAAAUGAAAUCCAAUUUAAAAAAGGUUUGUCAUAUUUAUUGUAACCAAUAUACAAGGCUACAAUCAAAGUAAAGCAUUUAUGGACUAAAAAGGCUUGUUGUGAGGCAUCAUUUUCUUAUCUAGGAACUUUGUCUUGUUAGCUAUCUUACUUUACCAUACUUUUAAUAGGUAGUCCAAACUAAAAUUUUCUAUACAUAGCAGACAUAUGUGGUGAGUUUCACCUGACAGAACUUUUUAUUCUAAGAUAUAGGCCACUUAUUUAAUGUAGAUAUCUCAAUAAACAAAAAAGUUAUGCAAUUUUCAAAUUUGCUGAAAAUUGACCAAAAAUGGAUUUUCUUACCUUGUGAAAAACUGCCAUGUUUAAGGACCUAUAUUUUCUAAAAUAAUCAACAGAGAAGUCCAGGAAUUGGUGUAUGUGCUCCAAAGUUUACAUUAUUUAAGCCCAAUUUUUUUCAAGCAGCCAGAUCUAUUAAUUCUUAACAUAAUUCUUAAGUUAUUAAAAAAUAACAAGAAUGAUUUUUAGUUAUUUUUAUUUUCCGACAGGAAAAGUGUAAAAAUACACAUUUUCAAAAAUGUGUUAAAAUUUCUGUUAUUGACUUACAUAAAUAUGUCAUACAUCAAAUUAAAGAUAAUUUUAAGCAGAACAACAUGCAGUAUGCCUUAACAUCAUCAAUAAACACUUAAAGGCACUAAAAUAAGUCUAAAAGUACCUACUUAACAUUUUUUUUUUAAAUGAAGGUUUAAAAAAUGUGAUGGAAAAUGCAUUUUAUCACAUAAUUGUGAUAAAAUCAAAGGAAUAUGAUGUCAGAUGUGAUAACUAUUAAUUAAAAGACUAAUAAAAAAAAUAUCAAUGCAGGGUAUUGUCAAAAAUAGAAAGCAAUUGAGCAUAAAUUUUAAUUAAAUUGUCAGGGAAAUGCCUGGUCUAUCAACUGGGGGGUGACUGGGUAAGCUUCUGUAACCAAUAUGUAAUAUGCUUGUUGGUCUUAUUCCCCAAGUGCAUUAUCAAUAGCAAUUGUCAACUCUAGCCACAAUGUUGCACCCAGGGUCAUCAUAGGUUUCUCCGCUGUGGAAUGAACAAUUAAAUUUAAAAAGCUUACAACAUUGUUUUAAGUAUUCAUAGGUGUCAUAUAAAGACUAAAUAUUGAGAGAACUGGGCGAGUCCAUUUCAAUAGGCCUUAUAGGUACCGGUAGUUCUAGUGAGUCUAAGAUGAAAUAAUAUUGAAACAAUUCUAACUCAGAAAUACGUUUUAUUGAGUUUUAAUAAAUGCUUCACAAUGUCAUUGUCAAGAUAAGCUUACAAAUUAUUUUUUAAAUUAUUUUGCUGUGUAUAAUGUUUUAUUCACUUGAAGCCUCCUACCCCAGAUAAAAAUUUACGCCGGUCAACCCCAAUGUUUACUCGCCGGCAUCCAUUUUUAUUUCCUCGAUCGGACAGAAACCCCCUUUGAAAUCAACACUACGAUCUUAAUUUUAAAAAUAUAUUUAUAAAAUAUAAGAAAGAUCAAAUAUUAGCAUGUCUGGAGAUGUCUAUCAAUAGGCGUCUAGUGCUAGCGGUGUGGAACUGGAAAUGGGGGUGUUUUUGUAAACAUUGCCGCUUCGCGAGAAUCAUGCCCACUCAUUUGAUCUCGUGAUAUUAAAUAGUUAAAGACCUGAUCUUUCCAACGGUGUAAAGAACGUCCUAAUAUCUCCAUGUUUUCGCCCAUUUUUUUAAUACAAAAGUUUUCAACCGGCUUUUUCAAAAUGAAAUAAGCAAGGUAGAUAUACUUUCUAUGCAUCAAACGAAAGGACAUCAUCUGCUCUUUCUUAUGGUGGUAGAAUUAUUGCGAUAACUUAAAUACACGCGAAGCCGUGGACAUUUGAAACACCUUGGGGUAAACGGGUACUUGCGAAAACGCCGUAAAAUUGGUCAAAACUGAUACUUUUCAGACACAGAAAAAACACUUUCAAACAUAUGUUACAGUCAUAAAAGUAACAUAUUUCGCUAGAUAAAGACUUAAACUUUAUUCACAUAUAAAUUUUAUUGCUGUAUCACUACUAGAAGAGGAUUAAUUAUUUUUUUGAAAACUUCGAAAAAUGACCCUAAAACGCAUUUUUUCUUUAGUUUGGACUACCUACUUUUAAUUAACAAGUCUAUAAAAAGCAUAUUGUAAGGUGUAUUUUGAAUUAAGAGCAUGCAAGGAACAUCUUUGUAAGCACCUUUUGUAGGAUCUUUGGUGGCCCUUUGAAAAAACAAUGCCUCAUUAUAUAUUAAAUAAUUCAUUUGUUGGAUGACUUUAUUGUUACAAAUAGGCCAAAUGUAUUAGUAUUGCUUUUGUGGUUUGAAUAUUACAAAUUACUUCAAUCUUUCUUAAAUUUUAAGUGGAAUUUUUGGGCAAGCAUAGUUGUAUGUAUUAUUUUAGAUACUCAAUUUCAGAAUGAAUGUACUAAUGUUUUCAAAAGGUAUUAUUUAAAACUUAUUGUUAAUAAUUUCUUAACAGUCUAGAUCUUUUACAUUGCUUUUAUUAUUUCCAGCUCUUUGGGAUCAUAUAAUGCUCCUGGUGCAAGUCCUGUUGAAUCAUUGGAUAUAAGACAAAAGGUUAAAUUGCAGGUCUUAUUUCUUACCAAAUUUGCAGACAUACUGUUUAAUUUAUUUAAGCUCUUUUCUGAUUUAAAAAGUUACAAAUAAGAUGAAUAAAUUUUAUAAUAUAAUUAAAUUUUAAUAUUUUUCGAUGUAGGCUGCAAUGAUUUUGGAAAAAGCUGGCAUUAACCCACACAACCUGCUUAACUUUGCAAGUGGUGGAGCGGUGGGGUCUGUUGGCGAUGGCCGCAAAGAAAGAGUUUCUUACUGCAACAUCCCGCUUCCUCCUCCACAACCUACUGUUGCUGAUGAUGGAAAAAAUCUGGCACAGAGACUUUUUAUUGUCUGUCAACCUUCUGGAGUGUCAGAACGUGUAUUGAAGGAUGCAUUUUGUCGCUUUGGGAAUCUGAUAGAUGUGUAUUUACUUUCAGGUACAUCUUAGAGAAGUUUUAUACUUAAUACUUAUAUUCUUUACUAUUAUCAUCAUCAAUUUAUUUAAGGAAAUAACUGUCAGACUUUUAAUAUUCAGUAAAAUGCUCAGUGAAUAAGGUAUUUGAUUCUUUAAAAAAAAUAUUAUUUGUCUUUAAAUUGCUCAGGUCGCAAUUAUGGUUAUGCAAAGUAUGCUUCAAAAGACUGUGCCAUGAAAGCCAUUGAAACACUCCAUGGCCAAACUUUGGCUGGUCAGAAAAUGAAAGUCUUAGAGGCAGAACCACCCAAACCCCACCCAGUCCAUGGAGGAUUGCAAGGAGACGAGGGACCAUCAAAGAAGCAGAGACUGUAAGGUAAUUUUUUAAUCUAAAAAUGUUAGACCUUUCGAAUUUUUGGGUUUAAACAGGCUUUUAUUUGUUUUAUAAAGAAAACUUACAAGCAAUAAUAUAUGGAUCAUACUUUAACAUACUGAAUUAUUUUCUUCCAUUUAUAACCCCUAUUAAUACUGGCUCUUAAUUGUUUAUCUUCUUAACACACUCCUGCCUAUAUCUCGGCUUUUUGUCCUACCGCAUUCCCAUUCACCCUUCAUCCGUUCCUUUUAUUUGUUUAGGGUGAUUAGCAACUUAACUCCCACACUGCUAAAGGUUACCGUUAGCUGAUGAGAACAUCAUUUUUUUGCUUUGAAGAAAUCCAAUUAUUUUUUUUAAAAAUUUCACUAAGUAAAAAGAGUUUAAAGUUCAGUGUUGCUUUCCAAGCUCAUGUCACUAUUAUUAGCAAGCUGAAAUGAUGUAAUUUAGGUAGGAGUGAGUUAAUAGGAAAAGGUAAGACCAGAUACAAAAAUUAGGUUUAUCCUAAAUAAAUAUUUACAAGAGAGGUUAUUUAAAAAUAUUAGAAAGAAGACUUCAUCAUUUGCCUAUUUUACCCAACUAUCGCCCUUUAGGGAGCUAUUAAUGUUCCCACACGAAAAUCACAUAUGCAGAUUUAAUCUCAAACACAACGCAAUAUUUAUUCACUUUUAUUUCAUUAAUUUAACUAAGCAUUGCUUUUAAUAUUUACGGUCACCAGUUCUAAUCAUGUUCAACAACCUGGGUGUUUAAUUUAUAUCUGCUAGAUUAAAGGUUAAGGUUCAAAGCUGCUUUUGGUGGGAGGGUUGUUCUUAAAUGUUCAACAAUUUGCAAUCUUAGUGACAAUUUAAAUACAUUUCUACAUUUGCAUUGCUUUGCUGUAAGAAUCUAUUCACUGCUAAGUUUUAACAAGAAUCCUGGAAUAGUUGUGUAGUUUGCUUAAGUGGUGAAAUUAUAUUGAUUGAAGUGGGAAAAGUUGUUCCUGAUCAUUAUUCUAGGCUACAUAUGUUAUUACAAAUAAAUACUUCUUUUAAAAUCUUGAUAAUGUCUUAGAAAGUCUAAAACAUAUUAAAAAUAUGUAUUAUAAUUUCAAAUAAUAGCUGUUCUUUACUGCAAUUAAGUAUUUUUUAGCAUCAUUUAUUAUCUGAACUAUUAUAUGCACACUUUCUAAGUAUUUUGGGCUGAAUUAUAUUUGCAACAACUUUAAAAAAAUAGUAAAUAGUGUUUUGGAUCCAGUGAAAUUAUUCCAAUUUCACUUUCUCUGCUAACCCAUAAACAUUUCAUUGGUCAGAAUACAAUUUUAUUUUUAAAUCAAAUAUAAAUGUAACUUUUCUUAAUGAAAAUGAUCUAAUCAAAAUGCAUUUCAUUUUUAGUGUCCCUAUAAAGCAUUAUCUGGUUCUGGAUUUUUAAAAAAAACUGUUUAUGUUAUGAAUUUUAAUUUCAAUUCUGGUUUUGAGAGUAAAAUAAAGAAUAAUUAAUUUUAUUGCAUUAUUACCUUUUUUUUUUUUUUUUUUUAGUAAAGAAAAUGUAAGCUUUGACUUUACAUCAAAAUGGUAUUAGAAAUUUAGAAAUGAAUCCUGAGAUUAGUUUACCUGUCUAUUCUAAUGUUCUAAAAUAUGGUUAGCUUUAGCACAUGCAUUCAAAUCUGUCUAGAGCAGGGGUUCUUAAUAGAACUGAUGGGGAUAUAAUUUAUGACUUUCAGACACAAAAAAAAGGGGUACAGUACAAAGGUUAAGAACCCCUGAACUAAGAAACUGAAAUUUAACAAAUAUAUUUUUUCUUACUAGACUUUGAAUUAUUGACGAAUCAGUUUGCUCUUUCCUUUAAACAACAGGUGACCGACAAAGAAGACAAAACGUACAGGACUAAAUGAACGGACCAAAGAGUAAAUUACGAAGACCUGCAUUAAAACUACAGUUUACGACUAGAAUUAACAGGCUGUUCUCUUACUUCAAGAACAACUUGAAGACGGUGUAUUAGACAUAAAAAUUAAACAUUUGACCUUGAAAGAAUUUCUGUUGUCUUAAUGUACCAUUUAAAAAACGUCUUUUUUUAUCAUUGCCAGUCUUUAAUUCUUUAGGUCUUUUCUAUGUUUACAACACAUCUUGUCUUGCUAAAGUAAAGGAUUCUAAUUGUCUGUCACAAUCAUUAACCAAUAGGUCAUAGCAAAUAAUUGUAAAUAAAUGCAUUUAAUUGUUCGACAUUCAUGUGGGGGUUUUAAAAUAAAAAAUAUGUGUUUGAAAAUUUUCUAAGAAAUAUCUUUUCAUAAUGUUGGAUGAUUUUUGUAUCUCAGUAAACUUUUGCUUUUCAUUGGGGAAAAUGUGUAAAUUUAUUUUCAAAUCUUUUUGAAGAACUAUAUUCAUCAUUCUACGUUUGAUGUUUUUUGCCUUUCCUGGAGAACCUUACUUUUUUUAAAUGUUGUGACAUUGUUAUUUUUGUUUUUAGUUGUAAUAAAAAAAGACAAUGGAAUGUUUUUAAUUCAAGUUGUCCUUCAUUUCUGUCAGUCUUUCAUAAGUGUAUUUUUUGUUAUUGUUCAACAGUUGCUGAUUUAUAGUUUAUUCUAUCAAAGUAGUUCAGUUUAUAAUGGCACAUACAAAAAGGAGUUACUUUAAUUCUAUCAAAAGAGUUCAAUUUAUAACCAAACUUUAAAAAAGGAGUUAAUUUUGUAAAAAAUGAGUAUUUAUCCUUGUGUCUCAUGAUAUAAGGUCUCAGUAUGACUAGGACCAAUAUAAAAAUAUGCCAAUGUUUCACUUCUGGUUAUUUACAAAUAUAUUCCGUCAAGUAAAAGUCAUUUCAUUAUUUUUUUUAAUAUAAUUAUACAUCAUUUAUAUUGGUCCAUGAAGUUUAAAAAACAAUAUUUCAUUCUGGUAGUACACUGUUUCAGUUUUGUGGAUCUUAUGUUGUCUUCUAAAUAAAUGAAAUAUAUACACAAACAGGGUAAGUUAAUUUACUAAAGUUUUAGCAGCUGGAUAUGAGAUAUUUAAACAAAAUAGUGUAAAGCAGAUGAUGGUGCUUGCUAUUGGACUAGACAAAUUUGGGUGCAAAAACCUAUUCCUGCAAUGAAAAUUAGUUAUAUGAGUCUUUAUGAGACUAACACAGAAGACAAUCUUCAACUGUUGACAUGUACAGAUCACUUUACUGCUGUGAAAUUUAUGACAGGACUCAGACUUAAGACUAGAGGUAAGACUUCCCCGGUCUUUUUGUAAUGUGUACAGUUGUAGUUAUUUUUUUCACUUUCAAGUCAUCAUCCAUAUAAUAUAUAAUAAAUAACUUACCACUUUUUACAGUUAUAAUAAGAAAGCUUGACAAUUUGUUUUGGUAAAAAAAAUUCUUAAAUCUGAAACAGAGUUCUAAAAAAGCAGGUGCACCAACCUUAAGUUUAAACUGAAUACGAUUAACUCUUUUUCAGGCACAUUUUGCCUGAUACUGGCUUGCAUCUUGAAGAGACAAAAAUCAAAGAUGAACUCUGAUUGUCAUCUUUAUGUAAGUAAACUUGUUAUUAAGAAUUCUAAAAUAUUAUUAGUCUAAUAAUCAUUUUUUUUUAAAUAAUAAAGUUUGCUAACACCUUUAAACACAGUUGUAAUCAGCAAAUUAACUUUUGUUUAUGUUGGGUUUUUUUGGUCUGUUUUAAAAAAUAUAUAUAUUUAAUUUUAUUACAGUUUAAAAUUAUAUUUUUGUUUUUAUAUUGAUUGGUUUACACCUUAAGUAACAUUCUGACAGAGCUUUUAUUAUAAAAAUUAAUUACUUGACAAAACAUAUUUUAUGAGAUGGCAAGAAUAAAGAUCUGAAGAAUAAUUCCAGUUUAUUCCAAAUUUAAAUUUUUACUCUUUUAGAAUUUUGUAAACACCUCAGCAUUUAAUAAUUUAAAAAACUACAAUACAUUAAACAAUUAACAUUUUGAAGGCAUUGUUUAAAAAAACAACAUGUAUUUGCAUUUUUUAGGAAAAUUUCUGACAGAUUUGGUCUUUGUGAACUGCAUUGAAUCUUUCAGGCUUAACAGAUUAUAACUGGCCAAUCAGUCUUUGGUGAUCAAAUACGUAAGUUAAUCCUUUACAGGGGCCACAGCGGCCAAAAACGUCUUUAUUGCUUAAGGGCAUAACGUCCGAAGGCGCCUGUGACAACUUAGAGUUGUAAACAUGCAAUCUCCGAGACUUCCCAUGGUUUACAUCCGGUUUUGCUGAUAGCUUGAUAAUGUGGGCGCCAGUUACAAGUAUUUGAUCAGAUUAUUUUGUAGUUUUCCGGGUUUUAAUGCUUUGUUUUUCAAAACAGAUUUCAACGUUUCUUAAAGUGAUAGCGGAGAUUUUGCUGGGUUCAAUUUAAAUAACAUUAAAGUGCUUGAAAUUGACCAUGAGUCAGUACUAGAUAUUAAUAUUAUUCAUGAUAUCAGCAUAAGCUGUCUUUAAGUUUACACACUUCGAUUUCAUGACAGUGUUUGUAAACAAUAAAUAAAUGGCUGACAAUCAUAAACAAUAUGUUAUAUUUUAUUUUGCAAAUAUUUGUGUGGAUUACUGGCAAAUCUGCAUUCAUUUUCCUUUAUUUUUUGUUCAUUUCACAAAAAUUUGUUUACCAACACCUUAGAUUUGAUGUUUUUUACUAACAUAACCCUAAAUCUUACUAAAAACUGGAGAAAUGUUGCCCAUCCCGAGCUAGCAAAAGGAAGCAGGUCUGCACUGUAAAGUGUUAAGCUUGUUAUAUAUUUCAGGGGAAAAAAAUUACACCUUGUCAGUUUUGUUAUUAGCUUUAAAAAUUUCACCAGUAUCAUUUUUACCUCGAUUUGCUUUUCUUAACACUAGCAUUGUCUGUCUAUUUGAUAAGCUUUCUAACUUCUGUCUUGUUGAGGCAAAUUGAUAACUAUUUUUACUACUGAUGCUGUUAAAUUUCAAAGAUAAAUUUUAAAAUACUAUUGAUGUCUUUAAUUAAUAUUUCUGUCACCUUUCUCAAUCCAGAUCCAUCAUGAUGAAAUAGGUGAUCACUGUAGGAUCUACUUACUGGACUCAAGUAAAGAAUUGGACGAAUGACUGUAUUAACAUCUCUUAUUUCUUGAGUUAUUCUGAUCAAUGAAUUUAAUAAAACAAUUAAAUGCCAUUG